AUGAGCGCCAUCGGGGCACUUAUGUAUCUUGCAAAUUGCACUAGACCAGAUAUAGCUUUUGCUACUAAUCUGCUUGCAAGAUACAGCUCAUCGCCUACCAGAAGACAUUGGAACGGAAUAAAACAUAUAUUCCGUUAUCUUCAAGGUACGAUUGAGUUUGGAUUAUAUUAUUCAAGAAACCCCGAGGUUGGUUUAGUUGGUUUUGCAGAUGCUGGCUACUUGUCUGAUCCGCAUAAAGCUCGAUCGCAAACCGGUUAUGUUUUCACAUACGGUGGAACCGCGAUCUCUGGCGUUCCCAAAAACAAACUUUGGUUGCAACAAGCCAGCGGAGUAUCUACAAAGAAAGAGCCAACAACCAUAUACGAAGACAAUUCUGCAUGUGUCACUCAACUCAAAGAAGGCUACAUCAAGAGCGACAGGACAAAGCACAUCCCUCCAAGAUUUUUCUCCUACACUCAAGAACUUGAGAAGAAUCAAGAAGUGGAUAUUCAGUAUGUUCGCUCAAGUGACAAUGCAGCUGAUCUCUUCACAAAGGCGCUUCCUACUACAGUGUUCAAGAAGCAUGUUCAAGUAUUGGAAUGCGUCGUCUUCAAGAUUUGUGAAGAGAAGACAUAUCUAUUUUCAGGGGGAGUUUGCUUUGCGGUACUCUUUUUCCUUUUCAUGGUUUUUAUCCCAUUGGGUUUUUCCAUGUAA